AUGGAUUCAGAGGAAGCAGAGUAUGCUGCAUUCGAGGAGAAGGUUAGGAGGAAUGUUUACAUUAACAACCUCUCACCUCAGGUCACUGAAGCUGUGCUAAGAACAACACUCAAUCAAUUUGGGAAUGUUGAGAAAGUUCAGUUCAUUCCAAAUUACACAGAGCCGAGGAACAUACCACGUUGUGCUUUGGUGGAGAUGGAAAAUUCAAAGCAGGCCAAACAAAUUGUAUCGGAGAUGGGUAAUUUCCCAUUCAUGAUGUCUGGGAUGCCAAGGCCUGUCCGGGCUCGUGCUGCUGAAAUGGAGAUGUUUGAUGACCACCCAAGAAAGCCUGGGAGGAAGAUAAAAUUCCAUUGGUUGGACCCACAAGACCCUGAUUUUAAAGUGGCGAAGGAACUUAAGUUUCUGACCAGGAAACAUGCAGCGGAAUCUUCAUUUGCGCUCAAGUAUUUUUUGUCUGAGGCUCAACUAGCACAAGAAGAGAAGCUUGCAAACAAACAGGCGGAGACUCUGAAGGCGAAUUAUGAGAAGUACAAGCUGAUAGAGGGUGUUCUAAAUGAUGGAAGUGCAAAUCGCUUGGCACGCCAUUAUAACAUGAAAUCAUUGUGA